CAGGUGGUUCUGAUGUUGACUGCCGAUCUGGACGGGGAAGAUGAGAAGGAUAAAGGGGCGCUGGAUAACCUGCUGUCCCAACUCAUCGCUGAGCUUGGAUUGGACAAAAAGGAUGUCUCCAGAAAGAACGAGCGCACCCCUCUGAACGAAGUCCAUCUCGUGGUCAUGAGGCUGCUCAGCGUCUUUAUGUCUAGAACAAAAUCCGGCUCCAAGUCUUCCAUCUGUGAGUCCUCCUCUCUGAUAUCCAGUGCCACCGCCACUGCAUUGCUGAGCUCUGGCGCUGUGGAUUACUGCCUCCAUGUUCUCAAAUCUCUGCUGGAUUAUUGGAAGAGCCAGCAGAGCGACGAGGAACCUGUGGCCUCCAGUCAGCUCCUGAAACCUCACACCACAUCGUCCCCGCCUGACAUGAGUCCAUUCUUCCUCCGGCAAUAUGUCAAGGGCCACGCGGCAGACGUUUUCCAGGCCUACACCCCAGCUGCUCACCGAGAUGGUUCUCCGUCUGCCUUACCAGAUAAAGAAGAUUGCGGACACGAACUCCCGAAUCCCGCCACCCGUUUUUUUUGACCAUUCCUGGUUCUACUUCCUGUCUGAGUAUCUAAUGAUUCAGCAGACCCCGUUUGUUCGCCGCCAAGUUCGGAAGCUCCUCUUGUUUAUCUGCGGCUCAAAAGAAAAAUAUCGCCAGCUGAGAGAUCUGCACACCUUGGAUUCCCAUGUCCGCGGCAUCAAGAAGUUAUUGGAGGAGCAUGGCAUCUUCCUGCGAGCCGGGGUGGUGACGGCGAGCUCUGGAUCUGCGCUGCAGUACGACACGCUGAUCAACCUGAUGGAACAUCUCAAAGCCUGCGCUGAAAAUUGCGUCCCAGAGAACCAUCAACUGGCAGAAGUUCUGCGUCAAAGAUGACUCCGUCCUGUACUUCCUGCUCCAAGUCAGCUUCUUGGUGGGAUGAAGGUGUGUGUCCCCGGUGCUGCUGCAGCUCCUGUCCUGUGCCCUUUGUGGCAGUAAAAGUCCUCUCCGCAGCUUCAUCCUCUGCUUCCUCCAGCACUCCAUCCUCUGGCCAGCCAGGAUCACAGACCAAGUCUUCAACCAAGAAAAGUAAGAAAGAGGAAAAGGAGAAAGAGAAGGAAGGCGAGGGUUCGAGCAGCCAGGAGGAGCAGCUGUGCACCGCUCUUGUUAACCAGCUAAAUAAAUUUGCUGAUAAAGAGACAUUGAUCCAGUUCCUCCGCUGCUUCCUCCUCGAGUCAAACGCUUCCUCUGUGCGCUGGCAGGCUCACUGCUUAGCCCUGCAUAUAUAUACAGAAAUUCCAACAAGGCCCAACAGGAGCUUCUCCUGGACCUGAUGUGGUCCAUUUGGCCGGAGCUUCCAGCCUACGGACGCAAAGCUGCCCAGUUUGUGGAUCUCCUUGGAUAUUUCUCACUAAAGACACCUCAGACGGAGAAGAAGUUUAAGGAAUAUUCUCAAAAGGCUGUUGAGAUUCUCCGAACCCAAAACCACAUCCUGACCAACCACCCCAACUCCAAUAUAUACAACACCCUCUCUGGCUUGGUGGAGUUUGAUGGCUAUUAUCUGGAAAGUGACCCUUGUCUUGUUUGUAACAAUCCCGAGGUUCCGUUUUGUAACAUCAAGCUGUCAUCCAUUAAAGUGGACACCCGCUACACCACCACACAGCAAGUGGUCAAACUCAUCGGCAGCCACACUAUCAGCAAAGUGACCGUGAAGAUCGGAGACUUAAAACGCACUAAGAUGGUCCGAACCAUCAACUUGUAUUACAACAACCGGACUGUCCAAGCUAUUGUGGAGCUCAAGAACAAGCCCGCUCGCUGGCACAAAGCUAAGAAGGUUCAGCUGACUCCCGGACAGACAGAGGUGAAGAUUGACCUUCCACUCCCCAUUGUUGCCUCCAACUUGAUGAUCGAAUUUGCGGAUUUCUACGAGAACUACCAGGCAUCCUCAGAGACUCUGCAGUGCCCACGCUGUAGUGCUUCAGUGCCAGCCAAUCCCGGUGUGUGUGGAAAUUGUGGCGAGAAUGUGUACCAAUGCCACAAGUGCAGAUCCAUUAAUUAUGAUGAAAAAGAUCCGUUUUUGUGCAACGCUUGCGGCUUCUGCAAGUACGCCCGUUUUGACUUCAUGUUGUACGCCCGGCCUUGCUGUGCUGUAGAUCCCAUUGAGAAUGAAGAGGAUCGGAAGAAGGCCGUGACGAACAUUAACACUUUGCUGGACAAAGCUGACCGCGUCUAUCAUCAGCUGAUGGGCCACCGACCGCAGCUGGAGAAUCUUCUGUGUAAAGUCAAUGAAGCGGCUCCUGAGAAGCCCCAGGAUGAUUCAGCCAACGCCGGAGGGAUUAGCUCCACCUCCGCCAGCGUCAAUCGUUAUAUACUGCAGCUGGCACAGGAGUACUGUGGGGACUGCAAAAACUCCUUUGAUGAGCUUUCCAAGAUCAUACAGAAAGUCUUUGCCUCUCGGAAGGAGCUUUUGGAAUAUGAUUUGCAGCAGAGAGAAGCCGCUACCAGGUCCUCUCGCACCUCCGUGCAGCCCACGUUCACCGCCAGCCAAUACAGAGCCUUGUCUGUUCUCAGCUGCGGUCACACCUCCUCCACCAAGUGUUAUGGCUGUGCGUCCGCCGUGACAGAGCACUGCAUCACUCUGCUCCGCGCCUUGGCCACCAACAGCACCAUACGCCACAUCCUGGUGUCACAGGGCCUCAUUCGGGAACUGUUCGAUUACAAUCUCCGCCGCGGCCCGGCAGCCAUGCGAGAUGAGGUGCGCCAAGUCAUGUGCCUCCUUACCAGGGACAAUCCAGAAGCCACUCAGCAAAUGAACGAUUUGAUCAUCGGGAAAGUGUCGACGGCACUCAAAGGACACUGGGCCAAUCCAGACUUGGCCAGCAGUCUGCAGUAUGAGAUGCUGCUGCUCACAGACUCCAUCUCCAAGGAAGACGGCUGCUGGGAGCUGCGCCUCCGCUGUGCUCUCAGUCUCUUCCUGAUGGCCGUGAACAUUAAGACUCCAGUUGUGGUGGAGAAUAUCACUUUAAUGUGUCUCCGAAUCCUGCAAAAGCUCAUUAAACCACCAACACCGACGAGCAAGAAGAAUAAGGAUGUUCCGAUUGAAUCUCUGACCACAGUGAAGCCGUACAGCAAUGAGAUCCAUGCUCAGGCACAGCUCUGGCUCAAGAGAGAUCCCAAAGCAUCGUAUGAGGCCUGGAAGAAGUGUCUACCCGCCAGAGGGAUUGACAACAGUGGAAAAACCCUGAGCAAAGCAGAACUGAGGCAGCUCUACCUGCAGGAGAAAUAUUCAUGGAAGUGGAAGCAAUUCCUGAGCAGGAAGGGGAAGAGGCCGACUCCUCUGGAUCUUAAACUUGGACAUAACAACUGGCUGAGACAGGUGCUGUUCACCCCGGCUACCCAAGCAGCACGACAGGCCGCCUGCACCAUUGUCGAGGCCUUGGCUACCUUCCCGAGCCGCCGUCAGCAAGUUCUGGAUCUUCUUACCAGCUAUUUGGAUGAGCUGAGUGUGGCUGGUGAAUGUGCAGCUGAGUAUCUGGCCUUGUAUCAGAAGCUCAUCAAGCCGGCUCAUUGGAAGGUGUACCUCGCUGCACGGGGCGUCCUGCCUUACGUCGGAAAUCUCAUCACCAAGGAAAUCGCUCGAUUGUUGGCGCUGGAGGAGGCAACGCUCAGUACAGACCUGCAGCAGGGCUACGCCUUGAAAAGCCUCACAGGCCUUUUAUCCUCGUUUGUGGAAGUUGAGUCCAUUAAGCGUCAUUUCAAGAGUCGCCUGGUGGGAACGGUGCUGAACGGCUACCUGUGUCUGAGGAAACUGGUGGUGCAGAGGACCAAACUGAUCGAUGAGACGCAGGACAUGCUGCUGGAGAUGCUGGAAGACAUGACAACAGGCACCGAGUCGGAAACCAAGGCUUUCAUGGCUGUUUGUAUUGAGACUGCCAAGCGAUACAGCCUGGACGAUUACAGGACUCCCGUUUUUAUAUUUGAAAGACUGUGCAGCAUCAUAUACCCGGAGGAGAAUGAAGUGACAGAGUUCUUUGUGACUCUGGAGAAAGAUCCCCAGCAGGAAGACUUCCUACAGGGCCGAAUGCCGGGGAAUCCCUACAGCAGCAAUGAGCCGGGCAUUGGACCUCUAAUGAGGGACAUCAAGAAUAAGAUCUGCCAAGACUGUGACCUCGUGGCCCUAUUGGAAGAUGACAGCGGGAUGGAGUUGCUGGUGAAUAACAAGAUUAUCAGUUUGGAUCUCCCUGUAGCCGAGGUGUACAAGAAGGUGUGGUGCCCAACUAAUGAGGGGGAACCUAUGAGAAUAAUCUAUCGAAUGAGAGGACUGCUGGGUGAUGCCACGGAGGAGUUCAUUGAGUCUCUUGACUCCACUACAGAUGAGGAGGAGGAUGAAGAGGAAGUGUACAAAAUGGCUGGAGUGAUGGCACAGUGUGGAGGACUGGAGUGCAUGCUAAAUCGCCUAGCUGGCAUCAAGGACUUUAAACAGGGCCGUCACCUUCUGACCGUUCUUCUCAAACUCUUCAGUUAUUGUGUGAAGGUCAAAGUGAACCGGCAGCAACUGGUGAAGCUGGAGAUGAACACUUUGAACGUCAUGUUAGGCACGCUCAAUCUGGCCCUGGUGGCGGAGCAGGAGAGUAAGGACAGUGGAGGAGCUGCCGUGGCUGAACAGGUCUUGAGUAUAAUGGAGAUUAUCCUGGAUGAGUCCAAUGCUGAACCACUAAGUGAAGACAAGGGUAAUCUGCUGCUCACUGGAGACAAGGAUCAGCUGGUGAUGCUUUUAGAUCAGAUUAACAGCACGUUCGUCCGCUCCAACCCCAGUGUGCUGCAGGGUCUCCUGCGGAUCAUCCCCUACCUGUCCUUUGGUGAGAUGGAGAAGAUGCAGAUCCUAGUGGACCGAUUCAAGCCGUACUGCACCUUUGAGAAGUAUGAUGAUGAACACUGCGCCGAUGACAAAGUCUUCCUGGACUGUUUCUGUAAAAUCGCAGCCGGCAUCAAGAACAACAGCAAUGGGCAUCAGCUGAAGGACCUCAUCCUGCAGAAGGGCAUCACGCAGAACGCCCUGGACUACAUGAAGAAGCACAUCCCCAGCGCCAAGAAUCUGGAUGCCCGAUAUUUGGAAGAAAUUCCUGUCUCGCCCGGCUCUUCCCUUUAUUCUGCGUCUGCUCCGAGGAUUGGCCACCCAGCACCCCCCCACACAGGCCCUCAUUGGCACGGAUUCCAUCACCAACCUCCACAAGCUGGAGCAAGUGUCCAGCGACGAAGGGAUUGGGACCUGGCUGAGAACCUGCUGGAGGCGCUCCGAGAACACCCGGACGUCAAUAAGAAGAUUGACGCUGCGCGGAAAGAGACCCGUGCCGAGAAGAAACGCAUGGCCAUGGCGAUGAGGCAGAAAGCAUUGGGGACUCUUGGAAUGACGACUAAUGAGAAGGGUCAGGUGGUCACAAAGACGGCUCUGCUGAAGCAGAUGGAGGAGCUGAUCGAGGAACCUGGACUGACCUGCUGUAUCUGCAGAGAGGGCUACAAGUUCCAGCCCACCAAAGUGCUCGGCAUCUACACGUUCACAAAGCGCGUCUCCCUGGAGGAGGCGGAGAACAAACCGCGCAAGCAGCAGGGCUACAGCACGGUCUCUCACUUCAACAUUGUGCACUAUGACUGCCAUCUUGCCGCUGUCAGGUUAGCUCGCGGACGGGAAGAAUGGGAGAGUGCGGCUCUACAAAACGCCAACACGAAGUGUAACGGCCUGCUUCCUGUGUGGGGGCCGCAUGUUCCAGAGUCUGCGUUUGCCACCUGCUUGGCCAGGCACAACACCUACCUGCAGGAGUGUACUGGCCAGCGGGAAAACCUACCUACCAACUCAACAUCCACGACCUCAAGCUGCUUUUCCUCCGUUUCGCUAUGGAACAGUCAUUCAGUGCAGACACUGGAGGAGGCGGGCGGGAGAGCAACAUACACCUCAUCCCAUACAUCAUCCACACCGUGCUCUAUGUCCUCAACACAACCCGGGCCAUUUCCAGAGAGGAGAAGAACGUUCAAAGUUUUCUAGAACAGCCCAAAGAGAAGUGGGUGGAAAGUGCCUUUGAGGUGGAUGGGCCCCAUUAUUUCACUGUGCUGGCGUUACAUCUCCUACCGACUGAAAAAUGGAAGACCAUCCGCAUCGAGGUGCUGCGGCGGCUGCUGGUUGUCAGUCACGCGAGAGCCGUGCCACCGGGCGGAGCAAACAGGUUGACGGAUAAAGCAGCGAAAGAUUACUCAGUGUACCGUUCCAGCCUCUUGUUCUGGGCGUUGUCGACCUCAUUUAUAACAUGUUCAAGAAGGUACCUAUCAGUAACACGGAGGGAGGCUGGUCCUAUUCCCUGGCAGACUACAUUCGGCUCAGCGACAUGCCGAUCUACGAGGCUGCAGACAAAGCCCUGAAAACCUUCCAGGAAGAGUUCAUGCCGGUGAGAGUCGUUUCUCGAGUUCAUCGAUGUGGCUGGGCUUUUAUCGGAGAUCAGUGACCCUGACGGCUUCCUGAAGGAUCUUUUGAACUCGAUCCCCUGA